CAUUUUGAUCGGGCUCGCGAUUCCAAUAACCUGUAUAAGCAACCAGUUGGCAGACAGACGAGAUCGAGAAGUCACGAUGUGGCAUGGAUGACGAUUAGUUUGUGUUAACAAUGGAUAGUUCAGGUCCGAAGAGACCAAUCAGAAUUGAUGAAGUCAAUGACUUUUAUACUUACAUCGCCACGAUUGACUGGACAGAAAAAUGGCUGAUAGCACUCAUCAUGUUCCAUGUAACCUGCUUCUUCUUGGUCAUUGUGACCCGCAGAAGUGGGUUCAUCCAGGCUAUCAUAUUCAUAACCUUACUUCUGUCUGUGUACUUCGCUGAGAAUUUAAAUGAACUGGCAGCUAAACAUUGGCAACUGUUUUCCACAGAGCAGUACUUUGACAGCAGUGGGUUGUUCUUUUCUACUGUGUACUCCACACCAGUACUCUUCAACUGUUUGCUUCUGUUGUUUAUCUGGAUGUCGAAUUUAGGAGCAGCCCUGUCUGACAUGAGGCAGAUGAAGAUAAACGCAAGGAGAAAAGCGGAAGAGAAGAGAAAGGAAAAGAAAGAAGACUAAAUCUUAGGACUUUUUUAUUUAGUUCAUUGUAAAACAGUGGGCUUAAAAAGGACUCAAAACAUGUAAACUUUGAUAAGGAAACAAAAUGUGUACAUUCACAUUUACUGAAAGAAUGAUGAAACCCAAUCCCAGUCAGACUGAGAUACUUGUUAGUGGGUUGCCUUACAUCGUUUUGGAGUGACAUGCUAUAGUUUGGAGCAGAUAAGAUGUGUUGGUUUUUUUCUAGGCUGAGAUUGAUGGAUAAACAUUUUUACGUGUAACAGUGUCUAUAUAAUAUAAAGAUAAUGGUGAAUGAAGUAUGGCAUAUUUUGUUCUUACAGCUGUAUGUGUGAUUCUCAGAGUGACUUAUUAUGAAAGGAUGUGUCUGGCAGAAUUGAAGUUUGUUGACUGCUUUAUAAAUAGGGAUGUAUGGAUAUACAUAUACACUCUCUGAGGGUUGACAUUUUCCAAAGACAAUGCUACACUGUAAGAAUUCCAGUCUUGAGAUAUAUGUGUAUUCCAUUCUUGUAAUAGUGCAAUAAAAUUUGAUGUCAUCUUUUA